CCAUCGGUACCGAGAGGCACGCGCUUCAGUCCUCCUCUAAACUACACGGUGGCGUAAAGGAUAAAUUGCUUUUCUCUCCAAUGCAAUGUCUUUAAUCUACGACGCGCUUCUUUCCAAAACUCAAUGAAGACAGAUAUGUCUCUACCGCUAACUUGUGGUCUGAUUUAAAGUUAAUGGUCGAUAAUAUUCUUGAGAUAUUUCACCAGAAUAGCUUGACACGUGCAAAUUUAAAGAGAUAAACUUCAGAGUCGCGAUGAUGGCAUCAAUAGGGGAGUUCGAUCCGCUGAACAACAUCGUUCCUGCUACUAAAAUAGAAGUUACCGUGUCAUGCAGGGAUCUUCUGCAUGUGGACACAUUCUCCAAGUCUGAUCCUGUGGUUGUGCUGUAUGUGCAGGGUAUCGGCACCAAAGAGUGGAGGGAGUUUGGCAGAACAGAGGUUAUUGACAACACACUGAAUCCAAACUUUGUGCGGAAGUUUUUCCUGGACUUCUUCUUCGAAGAGAAGCAGAACCUCCGCUUUGACGUAUACAAUGUGGACUCCAGAAGUUCAAAUAUUUCCAAAUUUAAGGACUUCCUGGGUCAGACCUUCUGCACUCUGGGGGAGAUCAUUGGAUCCACUGGCGGGCGGCUGGAGAACAGCUUAUCUGGGAUUCCUGGGAAGAAGUUAGGGGCCAUUAUCUUCACGGCGGAGGAGCUCAGUAACUGUAGGGACAUUGCUACCAUGCAGCUGUGUGCCAACAAGCUGGACAAGAAAGACUUUUUUGGGAAGUCUGACCCCUUCCUGGUCUUCUACAGAAGUAACGAGGAUGGAACGUUCACUAUCUGUCAUAAGACGGAGGUGGUUAAGAACACACUGAAUCCUGUGUGGCAGCCCUUCACCAUCCCAGUGAGGGCCCUCUGUAAUGGGGACUAUGACAGAACAGUGAAGGUGGAUGUGUAUGACUGGGACAGAGAUGGAAGCCAUGAUUUCAUUGGUGAGUUCACCACAAGUUACAGAGAUUUCUCACGUGGACAAAACCAGUUUAAUGUCUAUGAGGUUCUAAAUCCGAAAAAGAAGGGCAAGAAAAAGAAAUACAUUAACUCUGGCACGGUAACACUGCUGUCCUUCAAAGUGGAGUCGGAAUAUACGUUUGUGGAUUUCAUCCGAGGCGGGACACAACUCAACUUCACAGUAGCCAUCGACUUCACUGCUUCUAAUGGUGACCCGUCUCAGCCCACCUCCCUCCACUACAUGAACCCGUACCAGAUGAAUGCAUACGCCAUGGCCCUGAAGGCUGUAGGGGACAUCAUCCAGGACUAUGACAGUGACAAGCUCUUUCCUGCCUACGGCUUCGGAGCCAAGCUACCUCCCGAUGGAAAGAUAUCCCACGCAUUCCCUCUGAGUGGCGACAAUGAAAACCCAAACUGUGUGGGGAUAGAGGGAGUAUUGGAGGCGUACUUCCAGAGCCUCAGGACGGUCCAACUCUACGGACCCACCAACUUCUCUCCAGUCAUCAACCAGGUGGCACGGUCUGCGCAGGAUGUGACGGAUGGCUCCCAGUAUUUUGUGUUGUUGAUGAUCACAGACGGAGUUAUCUCUGACAUGCUGCAGACCAAGGAGGCUGUAGUCAAUGCAGCUGCUCUCCCCAUGUCCAUCAUCAUCAUCGGGGUCGGACCUGCAGAGUUUGACGCCAUGGAGGAGCUAGAUGGUGAUGAGGUCAGAGUGUCCUUCAGUGGACACUUUGCUGAAAGAGACAUUGUACAGUUCGUUCCUUUCCGGGACUACAUGGACCGGUCGGGGAACCAGGUCCUGAGCAUGGCCCGGCUGGCUAAGGACGUGCUGGCUGAGAUCCCUGAGCAGCUGCUGGGGUUCAUGAAGACCAGAGGCAUCGAGCCCCGGCCCGCCCUCACCACCUCAGACCUGCCCGACCUCCACAGGCACAUCUGACACCCCCACUGUAGUGGGACAGCACCUUUCAACCCCCCUUGGGUCUACACAUAUUUGAUGCUCACACACACACACUUGACAUCUCUCUCAUCUCUUUUAACCCUAUGCCAUUGCCAUUUCAUUGCAAGCCGAUGUCGCCUCCCCCUACAACUGCGCAUGCUUAACACAGUUUAUAUCUACACAUAGAAUGAAUGUAUUCAUACAUUGUGCCAUUGAACACGUAGGGGUGGGUAGAUUGAGCACCCAAUGCAAUAGCCACUAGCACCGUCACUUCUGAAGAGAAGGGAGAAAUAUAACUGACUAUGCCGUGAUGCCAUGCUGUACACUUAUAACGUUCACAAGCAUAUGCAGAGGGAGGAGUUUACGGUCUGUGAAAGUUAUCGAUGUAGAAAAUACAAAAAGCAAAAAUAUAAACGCAACAUGCAACAAUUUCAAAGAUUUCACUGAGUUACAGUUCAAAUAAGGAAAUCAGUCAAUUGAAAUAAAUAAAUCAAAUAAAAAAUGACAAUUAAAUCCAUUUUAACCCCACUUUGUAACACAACAAAAUGUGGAAAAAUAAUUUCUGAGGGCACUGUAUAUGCAAAGCAGCUUAGCCAUCAACUGGAGAGAACAGGUAAAAAAAACUUCAAUCAAUGAUCAUUGCUGAUUUAUUGAUUUGGUAAACAAACUUGACAUAUUGCUUUCAGCCCACACCUCCACACAAAAUCUUCUUCAAUUACUGUAUCCACUCCCUCUCUCUGAGUGUCAUGUUAUAAUGCACAAUGGGUUUUCUGUUGCCUUUCAUUUGAUUUUCAUUUGAGUGAUUUAUAAAAACCAAGCACCAAAACACAUGUGCAGUUGACUGUCUUUGGGGAGGUGAAUGAAGUGGUUAUCCUGGGCAAACUUUAUUAUGUGUUUGUUUUGUUGAUGAUUGAUCUGAAGCGGGUCUUGUGUCAUGAACUAGGGGUCGGUUCAGCAGGACACAGCGUUUUGGAACGUUCGGAUAGAAAUAUGUUAUGUAGAACAAGCAUGCCUUUCCGACAUGUAAAACAAGCAAUCAUGUUGGCUCUAUUGAAGGCAUUUCUAUCUGAAACGUUUGGCAACUGAACAUGUGGCCCUGGAGAGUGUUGACACGGCUGGCAUGGGGCCCAGGUCACAUGUUCGUUAGCACCAGUCAUUCUCACCCCCCUGUCUAUCAUACCAUCCUGCCCAGCAUGGGAUGAUGCUGGGCGCAGAUUACACCCUGCUGGAACAGAAAUGCCAGUCUCAGUGCCCUCCUGCAGUGAGGGAGAGGGAGACCGAGGAGGUAGGGGGAGGUUGAGGAGAGAUAGAGAGGGGAGGUUAAGGGCUGUGACAGUAGGGCUCCAGCGGUUUGGUUGAUGUUUUUAUUUUUUGUGUGUUUGUCAGAAAUGAAAGGAGAAAGAGAGAGGAAAGAUUUCUUGGAUUUCUUGUCAUAAUACAUUGGAGAAAUCAGGUUAGCAACCCUGUUGCCACCUGAAGCUCCAGGCUUAGUUCUGAUCAUAGUUUCUAUGGUUCUGAUUCUGACAUAAAAGCAUUACAAUCAAUUAUACACUGUCAUUAAAUCUCCUUUUUGUGACCUCAUUAAAAAGCAUGUCAGAAAAAACUCGCAGGAUACUAGAAUCCCCAUCUCAAAAUGUUCACCAACCUAAAAUGUAUACAGCAAAGCAUUUUUUUUACACCAGUAGGAGUUGACCACCCCUCACGUUGCCAAUGUUGAGAUAACACUGUACAUCCUACUUUCAAUGUUAUUUGCACAGUAUCAGAUGGAAUGGAAACUGAGGUAAUCACUAAGAUACAGCAAUAAUUCAAGAAUGUUUUCAACUGUCUGUUCUGUAGAGUGGCUCAGCUCUACCACCUAGCGGUCACUGCUAAUUGAGGCUCUUCUGAGCUCAGUACAGUAUGAGGAUGCUACAGACUGACAUGAUUUCCUGGUAGAUGUGUUGAGCUGAUAACGCUCCUGUACGGUGAGGUGAGGUUGACCCUGGCUCCUGUACGGUGAGGUGAGGUUGACCCUGGCUCCUGUACGGUGAGGUGAGGUUGACCCUGGCUCCUGUACGGUGAGGUUAGGUUGACCCUGGCUCCUGUACGGUGAGGUGAGGUUAGGUUGACCCUGGCUCCUGUAUGGUGAGGUUAGGUUGACCCUGGCUCCUGUAUGGUGAGGUUAGGUUGACCCAGGCUCCUGUACGGUGAGGUGAGGUUGACCCUGGCUCCUGUACGGUGAGGUGAGGUUAGGUUGACCCUGGCUCCUGUAUGGUGAGGUUGGGUUGACCCAGGCUCUUGUACGGUGAGUUUUGGUUGAGGUGAGGUUAGGUUGACCCUGGCUCCUGUAUGGUGAGGUGAGGUUGACCCUGGCUCCUGUACGGUGAGGUGAGGUUAGGUUUCCCCUGGCUCCUGUAUGGUGAGGUGAGGUUGACCCUGGCUCCUGUACGGUGAGGUUAGGUUGACCCUGGCUCCUGUACGGUGAGGUGAGGUUGACCCUGGCUCCUGUAUGGUGAGGUGAGGUUGACCCUGGCUCCUAUAUGGUGAGGUGAGGUUGACCCUGGCUCCUGUACGCUGAGGUUGGGUUGACCCAGGCUCAUGCUAUACUGGUUAACUGAAUAUGUGGACUGUUGUGUGGCCUUACAAUCCCUCACUUUGCAAAGCCAUGUCUUGUCAGUGUGGCUAGGGAAGUAUGUGUGUGUGCCACAGUUAGUUGUGCGUCUCUUGAUCAUACCUUGUCUUGUGCAGUGAAGAGGAGAGUUCGCAUGCUGUGACUUAUACUAUACAAUCCUUGUUCUUGGUGUUUGAUGAUGAUGUUUGGUCACUGUCCACUACAGCUGAAAAUAUAUAUAUAUCUUAAUAUGCAUUUCACUUGUGUUACUUAACAUUCUCCUUUUGAUCAACUUAAUUUCCUUCAAACAGAGAAUGCUAAAUGUUUUACGCCAUGGGAUUUAGUUAGUGUUUAGAACAACACGUGUGAAUAGAUACAUUAAUGUAAAUACUAUGUUGUCUCUCUAUGCAGAUGUAUAAUGCAACAGAUAUGAUUUGAAUGUCCAUCCAUUGUAAAUAGGAACAUCAAAUGAAGAGUUUGUUACAGUACUACGCUAGGAAGUAGAAGGUUACUUUUUCUAUCAGGAUGUCUUCACAUCUUGAUGUGUUAUGAAUGUAAACGUAAACCUAUAGUAAUCCGUUGUUAUUUGUGUCAAAUGGAUUGUGCAUUUAUCCAUUUCCGGUAUUUCAAAAAAGGACAGCCAACUCAUGUAUUUCAACCAAGGACAGCCAACUCAUGUAUUUCAACCAAGGACAGCCAACUCAUGUGAAUAACGUUAGUGUACCAUAUUGGAUAUGAUUCAAUCAUCUUGAUUUAAUUUGAGCGAUUAUUACACAUUUAUAGGCUACAGAAGGUGGGAGGGAGCUCUAUCAAAAGAGAGCCCUUAGUAAUGUAAAAUGCUAAAUGAAUGCACAUAAAAUAAACCUUUUUGUAAACCCAUCAUGUCUGUGAGUUGGCGGUCUGGUUAAGAUGUUGAAAUUCACACAGUAUGCAUGCCUUGAGAUCCAUUCCCGUGGUCUUCAGAUACCUAAGGCUGGGAUUCAAACCGAUCUUGGGAUUUUAGGCAUUGUGGGUUUUUAAAGGCAAUGUUCCCACGUUCGUAGAGAUCCCAUUCACAGUAAACGCUGCGUAUGCCGGCUCAAUCGGAAAUUGCCUUUAAAAGCCACAAUGUCUAUAACAUAUGUAUUGGAUUGUAAAUGACCAUAACAUAUGUCUUGGAUUGUAAAUGACCAUAACAUAUGUCUUGGAUUGUAAAUGACCAUAACAUAUGUCUUGGAUUGAAUCCUGGCCCAACUCAGCUUUACGUGAACGCAUCAGGUGACAUUAAAGCACUUUAAAACAGA